AUGGAGAUUAAUCCCCGGGUACAAUCACUUCCGAGUUACGGUCUCAUUCGUGAUUCUCAGCAGAUGGUGUGGGUCCUAAAAAGAAAUCGGUUAAUAGCAGUUCCUUCUGUCAGCAAUGUCAAACCUGUCACUCUUUCCUUAAUAGCAUGUACAGACACAGACUUCUACGAUAAAGGAAAAGGUACUCCAUAUUACCUGGGAAUCAAGGGACAAAAUCUCUGUCUCUGCUGCACAGAAAUCCAGGGCCAGCCUACUCUGCAGCUUAAGGAGGAAAACAUCAUGAACCUAUAUGGGAACGUCAAAGUGCAGGAGGCCUUUCUCUUUUUCCGCAGCGAGGAGGGCUCCACUUUCGGCUUUCAGUCAGUCUCCUGCCCAGGCUGGUUCAUAGCUAACUCCUCCACGGGGAGGGAGCCCGUCACUCUCACCAAGGAGAGGGGCAAAACUGAAAGCACUAACUUCUACUUAGAUGAAAACUAA